AUGCUCUACAGUAUAGAGCGGGCAGACGCCCUCUCCCGGAAGCGGGUGACGCUCAAGGAUUUUGACCAGAUCCGGCUCGAUGAGAAGGGGUAUAAUAAAACAAAGGAUAUCCACUACAACUGGUACAUCAACUCCAUCAAAGCAUUGAUGGGACAGCUGGGACGACAGAUUAUGAAGAAGAUUUCUUACAAUGACAAAAAACGACUCUUACGCUGCUUGGACCGAGUCCAGGAUCGUAGGGAUAUCGUCAGCGCUGGAAAAUGUCUAAUCGAGGCGAAAGACGCCUACGAAGAUAUGCGGCAGCGGAGAAUCGAAUACAAGGACUCCGAGACUUCUGCGGAAGUUGUCAAGGAGGAAAUACAGCGCAAGGAUCCGAUAAAUGUCGAGAAACACAAGCAAAACUACAAGAAAUGGAUGGGGUCGUUCCGCGUAGCUGCCCCGGCAGCGGAGACGCCAAGAUUCUCGACCACGCAACAGAAAUCGAUUCGGCUGAAUCCGUUUAAAUUUUUGAAAAGCCGGAAGAGGAUCCGGUACCCAACGAGUUACGGAAAAACUAAAAAGAGCAGCAGAAAAGAGCUCGAGGCGAAGGAGAUUGAGCGGAAGAUCCAGGAGCGGUUGGCGCAUUUUAAGAAGUUUUUCGCCAACGCCGAUUCGUCUAGGCGCAGGAAAAUUAGGCGGCAAUUCAAGGACGCUCAUCGACGCAUCCUUUAUUCCUCGAAACUCCGGAAACCCGACAGCAUGCAGUUCCGCCGACGAGUGAAACGAUCCCCAUACCGUCUAAUCGCCGAUAUGGUCCAGAAAAGUGACUCGCAAAAGUAUACGAUCCGAAACCUCGAGCAAAUGCCAGCAUUGUUAGAGGCCCGGUUGAGCCCUGUGCAAAAAGUGUCGAAAAUGGUGAUGAAGAUGGUGCGAGGGGAGAACGAUACGGAGGCUGUUGGAAACUGGACGCGCACGUAUGAGACGAUUCUGAAGCUCAAGAAGCAGCUUGACGCCCAGGCGCGCGAGCCGGGGGCCAAGGUGUACGACUUGAGGAUGUACGACUUGGUGUUGGGCAGGGAUACGCCGACGAAGGGGAUUAUGGAACGAGCGAAAGAUCCCGGCUUCAUCCAGGAGACGUACAGCCUGGUUAGCCGCAUCAACGGCAAGGAGGGACGAGAUAAAAAUAUGAAGUUCUUAUCACCAAGGUUUGCUCCGAUAAUGCCGGACAAAUACGGAAUUACGGACAAACGACAAUUAUCGCCCUCGAUUUUGUCAUUUUACAAGGACGAUGCGGAGGAUCAAAUCUUACCGUUGCCGAAGAUCCUCGAAGCAGCCGGCCUAAAAGACAAAGACCGGGCUGCCAUGAUGGAGAUGAUCAUGGAAGUUUCCGGAACGAGAGGCAUCGUCGACGACGCCAUGAAGAUGGUGUCGAAGAUGAACAUCUUCGGGAUGGAGGGCGAGCUGUUGAGCGUCACCAAGCGCAUCAUGCAAAUGUUUGGGCGGCUGGAGAAUUCUUUUAACGGCCGUCAGCGCAAGGAGAUGAAAAAGCGCGGUUACACCUUUGCCACACCGCACCAACUCGAGAAGCUUCAUGAGGAGCAAGGGAUCCGGGACCGAAAAGACCACGGAUUUGACUACGACUACUACCGGAAUCUGACGCGGGCCCAGAAUGAGGAAGCGUUAUGGUUGAGGAUACGGCAAAUAGCGUCGAAUAGCACCGAGCGGCUACACGACGCUACGGACAACACGACGAUGACUGUGGACAGCCACCGACGCGUGAAGCGUCUCUGUCUGCCCGGUUGUGUGGCUUCUCCUCUGCUUAACGUGCUGAACCCUACCGUACUCGCCCCCUACGCCUUCACGCCAAUCUACGGGCUUGGAGUGCUGGGGCCUGUUGUGUUGUCACCAUCGAUUUUCAGUCCCCUGAUCCUGAACCCAGCCGUGCUGUCCCCCUACGUGCUCAGCCCGGGCAUAGCCAUGCCCUUCAUCCUGUCCCCCUACCUUCUCAGCCCGUACGUCAUCAGCCCGCUCGUCAUGGCCCCGUUCAUCCUCAACCCCCCGACUGCGUUGUCU